AUGGCGACGUCUCUGCCUCGAACGGUCCUUGCCUAUCAGCGCAAUGCCAAACUCUACACGCUCUCCACCCUCGUCACAUCCGUCACACCUUUCCAACAACUCGCAGAAGCCAGCCGGCAACUCUUCAAGACCGUCCCAGAUGAGGAUUCCCUCGUGGUGACGACGGCCGAGACAAUUUUCCACCCACAAGGAGGCGGCCAGCCCUCGGACGUCGGCUCCAUCACAUCGUCCGCCGACGAAGGCGCCAGGUUCGACGUCUCUGCCGUGCGCUCGGACGUCGUCAACGACGGGGUGGUCCUCCACCUGGGCCGCUUCGCCGACCCGGCCAAAACGUUCGCCGCCGGCGCGUCGGUCACGCAGGCCAUCGACGUGGAGAAACGGCUCCUCUAUUCCCGUCUGCACACGGCCGGGCACGUGCUGGGCGCGGCGGUGCGGAACCUGCUCGAGAAGGAGGUGGCCAACUUUGACGAGCUCAAGGCCUCGCACUUCCCGGACUCGGCGGCCUGCGAAUUCCAGGGCCUCAUCGAGGGCAAGUGGAAGGAGCCCAUCCAGAAGCGCGUCGACGACUACGUCGCCCGGGCCAUGCCCGUCGAGAUCGAGUUCUGGGACCCCGACGACUUUCGGCGCGAAGGCCUCGAGAGGCUGAUCCCAAACCCGGACGAGGGCGUCAAGCUCGCCCCCGGCGAAAAGUACAGGGUCGUCCGCAUCGCCGGCGCCGACGUCUAUCCCUGUGGUGGCACGCACGUCGACACGACCGAUCUGUGUGGCAAGGUCGGCGUGAAGAAGAUUAGUCGGAGCAAAGGCACCAGUCGGGUGAGUUAUACUGUGAGUUAG